GUAGGUACCUUAUUUGGGAAAAGUGCGUAGGAUUCGUUUUUAUUGCGAUAACGUAGUUCAAUUUGAAUUAUCUAAUAAUAUUUGACAGUGUCCACUCAAUUUCAAUUUCCCCUUGAUAGAAGGGCAAUAUCUAAUUAAAAGCUACAUUCGCGUAAUAUAAGUAUGAAAAAUCCGAGCGAAAACAAUUUUUUUUAAGUAUGUAUAAGGUCGCCAAAAAUUUAUACUUUUUUUAGUUUGCACGUAGAAAAUAAUAUGUCCCAAUUGAGUAGAGGAUAUUCGUGCAGCUCAAAUAACGAUUCUUUCGAUUUUACUGCAUUACAAUUUGCUGCACGCAGGGGAUCAAUCGAACAAGUAAGAUAUUUAGUGGAAUGCGGCACUGAACUGGACACAGGACCGGAUCCAGCAUUGCACCUGGCCCUGAGGCAAUCUCACACCGAAAUCGCAAAAGUUUUGCUGCUAGCUGGGGCCAAUUUCGAGAUCGCAGAUUCUCGCGGGGAAUACCCCAUUCACAUAGCUUGCGCCCUAGGUUUAUUGGACGUCGUGCAACUACUAUGCCUUCUAGGCUGUAGCGUCGAAUUGCCGACAACUAAAGGACUUUAUCCGCUUCAUUUGGCUGCCAAAAACGGGCAUAUUUCAGUUGUUAGAUGCCUUUGCGCAGCUGGCUGCAAUAUCGACGUGCGAAACGCCGACAAUAUUCGAGCCGACAUAACUGCUGUAAAGUACGGUCACAACGAUAUCGCGGAACUUUUAGAUCGUCUGAGAAAUUCUGGCCAACGAGAUGCCUUUACUAGGCAAUUGGUGCCAACCUCCAGACCCGCAUUGAGGAUAUCGCUGAGAUUGCUAGGACAUUGCGGCGUCGGAAAAACCGCAAUGGCUAAAUCGUUGGGGGCAGGGCUAUUUAGCUCGCUCUUUCGAAGGUCCAGCUCGCUGCAAAGUAGUAAAUCAAGACCUUCUUCCCCAAUCAACACCCAAAUAGAAAUGGAUGUCACCUCUAGGCAGAAUUCGAUCACGUUUGAAACUCCACCAAAUUAUCAUUCGACGAGUGGCAUUCAUGUACAAACUUUGGACGUAUCCAGUGUGGGAGACGUUAUAGUCUGGGAUUUCUCAGGUCAGGAAUGUUAUUUUCCGGUUUAUCAUCAUUUUCUGUGGCCUUCCCCGUACGCAAUCACGGCGAUUUUGUUCAGUUUGGACGAGCCGUCGUCUGUGCAAGUCCAGCAAGUCAGUUUCUGGUUAAAUUUCGUCCUAGCGAGGCAACCGGCCGAGCUGCCAACUUGUGAAUUCGGCCAAAUAGUGUUAGUUGCCACUCACGUGGAUCUCACGAGAGCCGUGAAAGCUCCAAACGGAGACUGGAUCUCACCGGAUGCUCAAAAUACAUUAGAAACCGUUAAGAAGCUACUACCUCAUAUACCUAAUUUAAUGGACGUCGUUGUUGUCAUGGAUGCGAACGUACCCGCCUCUCAUGCAUUUAAGCACUUUAAAACCAUCUUGGCUAACGUGAAACAGGAAUGUAUUCAGCAAACAAUUGGGACGUGGACCGGAUUACUCGAACAUAGCUUGACCUGGUUGGCCACGUUAAGGCACGAUUACCAACAAUUCCCUGUAGUUACUAAACGGGAUUUUUCGGAUUUACUAUGGAACCAAAUCAAUUUACUCGCAUCGGAGGAUCAUAUUGAGGAACUUCUACGCCAGCUUCAUAUUAUGGGAGAGGUCUACUGUAUAGAACAUCUCGUCGUGCUCGCGGUUCCUUGGCUGGGAUGUCACUUGCUGGGUGAAUUGUUGUCGAACCAAUUCAUUUCGCACGCAAGAGUAACAGGGGUUUAUACUGCUGAAGACUUCCAGGCUACUUUUAACGAAUGCGAUUCAUCUGAAGUGCUUGAACUACUCGAAGCAUUGCAUUUAUGUAUACACUGUGAUAUCGAAGACGAGGUCGAAUACGAGUUUCCAAUAUACAAUCAAACCGAAACCAUAAGCGGUUUAUGGGACCCAAAGGAUCCGAGAUACUCAUCCAGGCAUUCCGUAUAUGGAGGUAUCAGACUUUAUACAUCGGCAGGGAUUUUGCACCCGUUCAAGUCAAUUUUCACGCACAUACAGAUCGAAUUGAGGAAAACCCAACUCACUUCACCGACGUACAGCGAUUGCGAUCUCUACCAGUGGAACUCGGGUUCGAAAAUGUGCAAGUUAGAUUUGGAAAGUUUAAUUACCUUACAAGAAGGCAACGACGGUAUUCAUUUCAUAGAAAUUAAGAUCCGAGGACCAAGCCGGUCGUCUCGAUCUUGUUUCUACUUCUUGCGGUUAAUUUUACAAGAUAUCGAGAGGGUUACAUCCAAAGUGUGUCCCGGUUUGCUGACGGAACUCCACCUCCUAAGUCCGGAGGAAUUGAAAAUCCAUUCGGACGACCCUUAUUGUUACCCGCCUCAAGUCUUUGCGUCUGCCAUGUUGGAGGCCGAGUCCACCCUGGAUGUGGUGCUGUAUAACGAAAAUUUGGAUAGUUACGAGUCUGUAGUUGAAAUAGUUAUGUUUGGCGAUAUGGAUUUGGCUAAGCAUAUUCAAUGGGGUUGCGUUCUAAGCAUAAGCGCGCUACCAGGUCCCGUUAAGUUAAGAUUAUGCGGGUUGUUGGACCCUCCGGAACCUCACGGACGAGACUGGUGUUUGCUCGCACUCCGCUUGGGAUUGUGCGAGAAGAAAUUGGCUGCAUUAGACUCGUUACAUUCCAGUCACACCAUGAGACUGUUGACCACUGCUAAGUGCACUAUAGGAUGCCUAAUUUCGAGUUUGCAUGAGUUAGAUCGUCAGGAUGCCGCCGAUUUUCUUCUACGCUCCGCCCCUAUUUAUAAGAUAAUCGUAGAGCAUGCCGAUGAAAUUUAGUCGUAGAUUUUCGCGCACAUAGCCUGUUAUUUAUUUCCAAUUUUGAAGUGUUGUAUCAAUUCUUAAUACUCGACCAGUUUUAGCCAUUAUUACGUGAGGUUCAUAUUUGGUUUAUUUUUUUUUAAAUAACAAACCAAAAAGUUCUUCCAAGUGUGACCGAAAAGUAGAUAUAUAAUACAUUUUAAAGGAGCUGUAGUGUUAGUUGACCUAAAGUGCAUCAAAUUUUAGAGAUUCGUACUCUCCAGAUUCGUUCUAGUGUUGUUAGCGUACUUAGUCAAAUAUUUACCGAAUAAAGAUCAAAGUUAUCAAAACUUUUUUAAAUACAGAUUGCAUAACAUCAAAACAUUUUAAAAAUGGUUUUAAUUAUACAGAUAGUUUUAUAAAAACGUAUGCAAAAAUAUUAUGCAUGAUGUUGAAUUUAUCUUUUUUGCUAUGAUUUUAUAUUGUGUCAUUGAAUAUAUUUUUUAUGUACCUUUCGAAUUUCUUUUCUUGGCGAAACCUGCUAAGGAAAUAAUUUUUCAUCCAGUCUCGUUAUCAUAAAAAAAAUUCCAACUUGGUUUUAUUUGUCCUACACUUCAGAAGAAUGAUUGUAACAAGCAUCCAGAAUAUUUAGGUUUUUAAGGUUAUAUUUGACUAAAUCUUAAUUCUCAAAACUAUGCCUUAUCAUCAAAUACAAUUUUAUUUAUUAUUUCCCCCUAAUAAGAGAGUUAAAAAAUUAUUAAGUGGUUACAUCGCCAAUUUUAAAAGGCCAAAUAGUUUUGAGAACGCUGCUUAACACUUGGGCUGUGGACACAAUAGUAUUUCUAGUUUAGUUGAAUAUAGAUCUAGAAUAACUAAAUAUGUAGCUAUACAUUAUUAUUUAUAAAAAUUCAAUAUAAUGCUUCUGACUCCGAAUAACAUUCAAGAUUUAAACUUUUUUCCAUUGCUUAAUCGCCAUUUACAAUUAGAAUAUCUUCCUCACUACUCAAGUUAUAUCUGUAAUAUAGAAAAAAUAUUAAUGUGAUCAAGUUUUUCAAGCUACAGUGCCAACAUUCGAUUCGUACUGUAGGUGAGUAAAUUAUCUCGUAGAACGGCCACAUCCUGGUUUUUUGUCAGACAUUCUUUUACAAAAUUUCGUAAAAAGUUUGAAAAUUUUUACACAUUGUCAAAAAUCGUUUCGGAAUUCACACGUUUUUAGUUAAUUUCUUUAAAAAAAAAGUGGUUAGCUGUAUUGUAAAUUCAAAAAAAGUAUGAAUUUCAUAUCCAGCAUUUUUUUUACAAUAAAACUGAGAAUUACCUUUUUUAAAAUCGAAUUAAAAAAAUAAAGGAUAGCCUUUCUACGCUUACAAACUAACCAAAUUGCUCAAAAAUACCUCAAUUUUCGAAUAUCAAAACUGAAUUACACCGAUUAAUUCGAUUGUUUAAUAAUAAGACACAUCGAAAAAUUUAACCUUGACUGAUUUUUCUUCCACUAUUUAAAAAACAAUUGUUGUACGCGCUUAUUCAAUUCUUUGUGCGAAUCAACCAAAUUAAGAUUGCUCAUCGCACAACGAAAUAUUUUGUGAUUAUUGUAUACUUUAAUAUUAUGUAUUUCCCUAUAUUUACACUAAUAAAUACAGUUCGCAGGUGCAGUUGAAUGUAUUAAAUAUGUUUUAAGUCGUAUUUUACAAAUGUUUAUUAGCGUCUGUUGGGACCCAAUUUUAUUACGGA